GCAGGUUUGGGGGCCAGAGGGGCAGGCAUAUAAACCCCACUGUGCACACCUGGCCCUCUGCUUUCCUUGCAGAGUGUGUCUGUCAUCAUCGGGUCUGAUCCAAGAUGUCCAGUCCCCUGGAGCAGGCGCUGGCUGUGAUGGUCUCCACCUUCCACAAGUACUCUGGCCAAGAGGGUGACAAGUUCAAGCUGAGCAAGGCGGAGAUGAAGACACUUUUGCAGAAGGAGCUGCCCAGCUUUGUUGGGGAGAAGGUGGAUGAGGAGGGCCUGAAGAAGCUGAUGGGAAAUCUGGAUGAGAACAGUGACCAACAGGUGGAUUUCCAGGAGUACGCGGUUUUUCUGGCCCUGGUCACUAUCAUGUGCAAUGACUUCUUCCAGGACUCCCCAGACCGGCCCUGAAGCAGAGCUCUUACUCUGCCAAGGGCCUCCUGGCCUACGAGGACUCUAGCUUUCCUUUUUGUAUUCAAUAAACUUUUCUGUUGAUGGUA